AAGGUGGUGGCAAAAAAGUUCUUUUUGUACACACUGCGAUGAUGGCGAUGAUGAUGCCUGCAAUCUCCAACAGCAGCAGCAGCAACAACAAUACUACCAAAAAAACCAACACAAAUUCUUCCCCUCUGUCUCUUUCUCUCUCUCUCUCUCUCUCUCUCUCCACACCAUACCUCUCCUAUCUCCUCCUCUCUGUUAUUUACACUCUUAACUAAAGCAUGGUUAAUAUCUCUAUCUGUUCCAUCACAUCGAUCCCAUGCAAUUAUGCUGAAAACCCAUGAAAGCUAAGACCUUGAAGAGCCAUGGACAACAAGUGUGGGUGCUGGGCUGUCCUCAAACGCGGCGUUAGUGCUACCUGCAAGUCCUCUGCUUCCAAAGACUCUGUUAACACUAUCCCUCGCACUAGUCUUGUUUAUGAUGCAGCAACGGAGACCAGAUAUCUUAACGCUAGCAAUAGGGACCUCCUGCCCCCUAAUGAAGCCCAAUUAUCCUCUGAUACUCCCAAUCCACCACCAUCAGAUGAGAAGCCUACUCGCCAGUUGCUCCAAUUUACUUUUCAGGAGCUCAAAUCUGCAACCGGGAACUUCAGACCGGAUAGCAUUCUAGGCGAAGGCGGAUUUGGAUACGUCUUCAAAGGGUGGAUAGAGGAAAAUGGAACAGCACCAGCAAAACCUGGAUCAGGGAUUACAGUAGCAGUUAAAAGCUUAAAGCCAGAUGGUCUCCAAGGCCAUAGAGAAUGGGUGGCCGAAGUUGACUUUCUGGGACAGCUCCACCACCCUAAUCUUGUAAAGCUUAUUGGAUAUUGCAUUGAAGAUGAUCAAAGGCUGCUUGUUUAUGAGUUUAUGACCCGCGGGAGUCUUGAAAAUCAUCUUUUCAGGAGGACUAUACCUCUGCCAUGGUCCAAUAGGAUUAAGAUUGCACUUGGUGCGGCAAAAGGAUUGGCCUUUCUCCAUAAUGGUCCAGAACCAGUCAUCUAUAGAGAUUUUAAGACAUCCAACAUUUUGCUUGAUUCGGAAUACAAUGCAAAGCUAUCAGAUUUUGGUUUGGCGAAAGCUGGGCCUCAGGGAGACAAAACACAUGUUUCUACCAGGGUUGUUGGAACAUAUGGCUAUGCUGCUCCAGAGUAUGUGAUGACAGGACACUUGACAUCUAAAAGUGAUGUUUACAGCUUCGGCGUAGUUUUACUUGAGAUUUUAACAGGAAGAAGAUCGAUGGACAAGAAACGCCCUAGUGGAGAACAAAACCUUGUGGCCUGGGCUCGGCCACAUUUAGCUGACAAGCGAAAGCUUUCCCUUCUAGUGGAUCCACGCUUGGAAUUGAAUUACUCCAUUAAAGGGGUACAGAAAGUCUCACAAUUGGCUUACAACUGCCUUAGCAGGGACCCAAAAUCCCGGCCUACAAUGGAUGAAGUAGUGAGGGUUCUUACUCCAUUGCAAGAUCUUAAUGACCUGGCCAUCUUAUCUCAUCACUCUCGUUUAUCUCAACAAGGAAGGCGCAAGAAGAAACCUGAUGGAGCUCACCAGCUCACCUACAGCCAAUCUAAAAGCAUCAGAGAUUCACCGUUGAAUACUGGCAAGCAGCAACGUAGGUAAUGGGCGGUCAACCCCUUUCCUUGACUGACCCAAAAAAGGUCCUGCCUUUGCUAAAUGGGUUGUGUGAGGACAGUUUUCUUGUGCUUGUAUAACUUUGGGGUGUAUGAGUUUUUUCAGAGCCAAAGGGACAAUGGAAGAGGCUAUGAAAGAUGAAUGAUAUGAGAUCCUUUUUCUUUGAAGUACCCUUGCAUUAGAGAUCAGCUAACCCAUCAAUAUUUGGGAACCAAUAUAAUCAUCAUUCGUCA